AUGAUCAUGUCAUGGAUCAAUAAUUAUGUUGAAUUAGAGAUUGCUCAAAGCAUCUUAUGGAUGAACAAUGCUGCUGAAAUGUGGAUUGAAUUGAAAGAUCGUUUCUACCAAGGAGAUUACACCAAAUUGAAGAUAUUGUGGCAAGAAUUGGAUAACUUUAGACCAAUUCCUGAAUGUUCAUGUGAUUCUACAUGCCUUGCCAUUACCAAAAUUCGUGCCUAUAGAGACAACGAUCAAGUUAUUCGUUUUUUGAAAGGCUUAAAUGAUCAAUACUCGUCAAUUCGAUCUCAAAUCAUGUUAAUGGACCCCUUUCCUAAUAUCUGCAAGGUUUAUUCAUUGUUUGUCCAACGAGAAAGACAAGCCAUUACACCUCUUGAUGAAUUUAAAGCGCUAGCCAUCCCCAAUUCCAAUCAGAACCAGCAUUCUCAGUUCAAUCCUAACUCUAAUUCUCGUGGUAGAGGCACUACUAGAGAUGGUAGAUCUUUUGGUGGCAGAUGUCGAGGUGAUCGUUUUUGCACUCAUUGUGGAAUGACUAAUCAUACUGUUGAUUCUUGUUUCAAAAAGCAUGGUUAUCCCUCUCAUUGGAAGCAAGAUGAGGCAAUCAACCAAUAUGCUAGUAUGCUUGAUAGGUCUGAAGAGCAAUCAAGUGAGUUUUCUGAAGCAAAUGCACAAGAUUCUCAUGCUUUGGCUUUUACUCUAGACUAG